UGACUUUAUCACUUUGUAAAUUCACAGUUGCUCAUGUUUGUUAAAUUGAAGUUAAAGCUAAAGUGUAUAGCUUGAUGUUGAUUACCUUUUGCUUUCAUGCAUAGGCCUGCAGGACUUACACAACUCGUCAUAUUUUCCCUGCUUCAAUCCUGUUCCACUUGGUCUCGACCAGAACAGAGGGAGAUGGUGUGUGUGGAUAAGUUUGUGACUGAGGCUUGUUCAGAGUGUGUAGCCUAGUCGAUGCCCUCGGCGCCUCUUGAUGUGGGUCAGUUAGACGCGCACUGUUGCAGACAGACAAAACAUCUUGCAGUUGACUAUAACAGCCUUGGGUUUUCCUUGGGUUUAGACAGAGUACACCAUUUGAAGACAAGUUCUAUUCAAUGGGAGCCAUUCGAAAGCACCUUCUUCUUAACGCGCUCGGUGAAGGGCGUAUUUUGAGACGAAGUGAGGUUGCGCAUUGAACGCAGCGUCGUAAACUAUUUUGCUAUCCAGCCCCAGCCAAAGGUUUGUGGAUUUUAUUUUUUCGUUUGCACACCUGCUCAAAUCCACUUUUCAACUGUGCGGCUUUUUGGUUAACACCAUUUGAACUCUAUUAACAGAGAGGUGAAAAUUGGAUUAUUUAUUUUGGACAAGCGCGGAAAGGUAAAGGAUAACGCCAUAUGUUUAUUGUAACGGAUAAUAAUAACGGACAUUUGGACUUGAUGGCCAAAGAGCCUUGACAACUGUUGAUGGUUACUGUUGUGUUUGUUCUUCGAUGCAUUUUCACAAUGACAGGUGACCAGCUGUUGAAUCUCCGAGGAAAACUCUCCUCAUUUUCUCUCUGGCUAUCUCUGCUCUCUAUCCCCGCAGCCUUCGACUCUAUUUCACCAGAGUUUCUAUCCUGAACCUGUUUGUUAUUUUCCAAACAUUACGAUGGAUAAUGAGGAGUGUGUAAUUUGUUACUUAAUAAAACGAUGCGGCGCGUUCCCAGCACCUGUUGAACAGUGACAAGCCUACAUUAUGGCCUGCCGGAGCGGCUGCUGUUGUGGCUUCGGUCCCUUCAACGAGGAUAACGCCAGGUUCCUAAUGUUAGCGGUGUUUAUCAUCCUAUACCUCCUCUGCGGUGCCGCUGUCUUUUCAGCACUGGAACAGCCGAUGGAAGCACAGGCGAAGGACCGCUGGGCGCAGCGUUUUGAACAGUUUAGCCAAAAGAAUAACCUGAGCAAGAAAGAGCUGGACAACUUCUUGAGGAACUACGAGGAGGCGAACUUGGCCGGGAUUCGCGUUGACACUAUCAGACCUCGGUGGGACUUUACCGGCGCGUUCUACUUCGUGGGGACUGUGGUCUCGACCAUAGGGUUUGGAAUGACCACGCCAGCGACCAUCAGCGGUAAGAUCUUCCUCAUCUUCUAUGGCCUGAUCGGCUGUGCCUCCACCAUCUUGUUCUUUAACCUCUUCCUAGAGCGCGUCAUCACCGUCAUCGCCAUCGUCCUCAAGUCCUGCCACGAGCGUCGCCACCUUCGCAAGGCCGUGCUUCCUCAACAUGGCCGCCGACGCCUCUCUGAGGGCAGCGGUGGAGGCGGCAGGGGCGGAAGAGGCGGCAGGGGAGAGGGGCUGGCUGGGUGGAAGCCCUCGGUGUACUGUGUGAUGUUGAUCCUGGGCGCCGCCGCCAUCUUGGUAUCCUGCUGUGCCUCGGCCAUGUACUCUGCUGUAGAAGGCUGGGGCUACCUGGAUUCUCUGUACUACUGCUUCGUAGCGUUCAGCACCAUUGGGUUUGGGGACAUGGUGAGCAGCCAGAUGUUUGCAUACGACCAGGGGAAUGAGAACCAGACGGCGUACCGGGUGGGUAACUUCCUGUUUAUUCUGACAGGAGUUUGCUGUAUCUACUCCCUGUUCAACGUCAUCUCCAUCGUCAUCAAACAGGUGCUGAACUGGCUGCUGAGGAGGCUGGAGGUGCCAUGUCGCUGCCCAGGGAGGGGGGGCCACCAACCGCACACCAGACACCCCCGCAGGAACGUGGUAGUGCCCGGACACCUGAGGGCCAGGCGGGACCUGUCCAUCGAGACGGACGCGGUGAACGACAGCGAGGCGGACGGACGGAGGAUGUCUGGAGAGAUGAUCUCCAUGAAAGACUUCCUGGCUGCCAAUAAGGUGAACCUGGCCAUCAUGCAGAAGCAGCUGUCAGAGAUGGCUAACGGUCACCCUCGCCAGUCAGGCUCCAGCUCCCGCCACAAUGGCUUCUCCGGAGGGGUGGGCGCCCUGGGCAUCAUGAACAACCGCCUGGCAGAGACCAGCGUCGACAGAUAGGCCUACACCUAUGUAUACAUAUAAGUCAGACUGAUUGACUGGCCAGAGAGACAGUCACAAGAAAUCAGGACUUCCUCUAAAAAUACAUUGGUUUUAAUUGAACAAAUAGAGAAAUGUACAAUAGCCCAGCCCAACUCAAUUCCAGGAGAAUAAUUGACCCCAUGGACUAAAGCCUGGCCAGACCACAUCAGUUAAGAAUAUGUCACGUACACCCCGCACAUUCAAUCAAGCUGCGAAGGGGAAGGAAGUGCAGUGGCAUUCAGUGUGCAGAAAGUUAGCUGUUUCAUAACUGUAGAGACAAUGAAAUACAGUACGUCUGUCCUACUUAAUCAAGCUGUCCGUCGCAGGAGAAUAAUUGACCUGAAGUACCAACCUAUACCGCGACGAGGUUCCAUUGUAAAAGAACUCUGCCUGCCGCCACCCAUUCUUCUCUGAUGCAUGCUGGUUCAUCAGGCAGUGUCUGUGUGCCUGUGUGCAUGAGUGUGUUUGUGUGCACGUCUCCUUCACCCACAUCUGGAUCAUGACCAACUGUAGCUACUGCUGGAAUCUGGUGGUUACGGUUACCGAGGCAGUUUCCAUGGUGACACUACAGAAUACAGAAAGCUACCCAGAUACAUUGUAGCUGAGUGGUUUCAAACUACCCUAUGGUAUUCUUCAUAUCACCAGCGAAUAACAGCUAGCCAACAAACUGCUCAUCACCACGACUACAAACAGCCUACACUGUCAUCUUGAUCAAGAAGACCCACCGCUCGCCUGCUUUUCAGAGAAAACACCUAAAGGGGAAAUGGCCUUCUAAGAAAAAUACUGAAUUUCCACUGUGUGUAAGAAACCGCAACCGAUCUAUAAGGGGAGACAGCCUUAUGAAAGGCAGGCAAGACUUUUAGAGACAGCUGAAUGUGGCAAACAGAAACACUGUCUAAAUAUCAUGCUUCUGUCUGAGUGGUUAUGGCUACAGACUUGUUAUGUUCAUCAGCUGUGAUGGGUUUUCUAUUGCACUGCUUCCUCUAUCUUGUUAUCUGUUAUGUUUGAGACAUAGUGCAAUGGACAAUAACACCCAGCACAGCAGCACCAUUACAAACUAAUGGAUAUCUAUUUAUUCUAACCAAAAUGAAAAACAGAAUUCUAUUCUUUAGAGAUUCCAAUUUAGAGCGUAUUAUCCAAGGGCUGUUAUCUUGCUGUUUCACCACACUAUGUUGAAACACCAUGAGGCAGCAGCAUACGGAUUCGAACAAUGAAGUAUCACUCUCUUGUUCAUAUCUAUCUGGACCUGGCUAGCAUGCUCAUUUUAAUGCUAUGGAAAAAACAAGCCUCUCUCUAGGUUAUUUCAGGGCCCUUUUUCUCAUUCUUUCCAUGACAGAGGUGUUAUGUUCUCGUUCUAUUCUGAAACUGGAACGAGAGAAAGAGAGAGACAAGUGAGAAAGGGAUCUGUGGGAGAAAAAGAAAAUGGCCAGUUGGGUGAAAGAAAAAACGGAGAAGUAGAAACAGAGACAGAUCUGUGAAAAGGAGAGUCAGUUUGGGUGAGAGAAAGCAGUAAUGAGCAGAGAGAGAGAGAAGAGCAGAAGAGAGAGGAGCAGAACUGUUCAGAUCAGAGUCUACAUUAUGCAUUGGGUUGGAGCAGGGGCGACAUACGCCUCUUCACACGCCUUGUUGAACGCACCGAAGAAGAUGCUCAAAUUAUAUAUGGUGCUAGUGAGACAGACUCCUACAGAUUUACGUCACAGCGAGCUUUAGUGCUGAAUGUCUCAAUACCUAGCUAGUUAUUCCAAAAAGCUGUAGAGAAAAGAAAAAGCCAAUUUAUCAUGUCUUCCCUGUUACCUCUAAUAACACACUACAGUGGAGAAGCAGUAUAACGAGUGUGGCGGUCUACAGCAUAGCCCUCAGCAAAUUAAUGUGACUUGAUAUUUUUGUACCAAGUGGUGAUCUAAUUUCAUGUCACGAUUUGAAACGGUGGUCAGUAUAUUAUUGAGAAAAUGAUAACUCUGCUACUUAUUGUCACUAGAAGAUUGUUUUUGCUACUUUGUAAUUUCAUCCAUUUUGAAACAACCAAUGUAUCAUUGGGUGACUAUACUGUUGACAAAGAAAUACAAGAAACAGAAACUACUAACUGUAGAGUAAUGACAAGAUUGUGACAAAAAAAUAUGGAUACGCCUGAAAUUA